AUUGAUAUUCAUCUAAAAAGAAUUUUUUAAGUAUGCCUUUAGAAUCUGACUUCAUGUGUUCACAGUAUGUACAGAUUUUAAAGGGGAAAGUAUUUUAACUCCUCUGGUCCUUUUUCUUUCCUGGGUGACAGAAAUUAAAUAAACAAGCCAUCAAUGACGGGAAACACAAGGCACAGCCCCUUGCUUGGGCACUUGGUGUGGCCACAGCAAAUUUUAAUCUUUUCCUUUCUCCUAGCUGACUUUCAUCUAAUGUUUAAGAGCUAGUGGGGUUUAGAGACCCUACAGAAGAUUUUUAGGUUUGGGAUUCUAUUUGUCUCUAUUUAUCUUCAAACCCAGAGGCCGUGAAAUCACUGGAGGGGGAGGGGAAGAAAGGGGGGCGGUGCAAACCCAGAAAGGAAAGGCGCAGAGGAAGCUGCACAAGGAAGCUUUUUCGGCUGGGUUUGUCUUUUUUUAACCCCGGGGAGGCGUGCCGAGCUCGCUGCUGUCGCGUGUUAGCUUGCCCAGCUUCCCCGGCGGGGCGCGCGCCCGCCCGGAGCUCCUCCGCCCUCCGCGGACCGCCCGCUUCCGCGCUGGGUGCGCUUCCGGCUGCGGCCGCUGGGGGCGCCCCGGGCAGGGAGGCGGCAGCGACCGUUCUCCUAGCGGCGCCUCUCUCUCUGCUCGCGAUCAGACGGGCGGCGGCGGCGGUACGGAAAGGGCGCCCACUCCCCGGGCGAGCUGCAAGGCGACCGCUCCUCGCGGGCGGCCGGGGUCCGCGCUGCAGCCGCCGGUGCUCUCAGGCCCGGGCUGCCGCGACAGGCGGCCCCGGCUCCCGCCGACUCGCGGCGCCCCCCGGCUGCGCCCCCACGCGCCGCUCGCGGCCCGGGCCAUGGGGCUGGGCGGAUCCGAGGCUCGGCCGAGCUGAGGCGGCGGCGCCCGUCCGCGCAGCCCGCUCGCCGGCGCCUGGCCCUCACGAUGAUGAAGAAGAAGAAGUUUAAGUUUAAGGUGGACUUCGAGCUCGAGGAGCUCUCCUCGGUGCCCUUCGUCAACGGGGUCCUCUUCUGCAAGAUGCGGCUGCUGGACGGCGGCAGCUUCACCGCCGAGUCCUCCAGGGAGGUGGUGCAAGCAAAUUGUGUUCACUGGAGAAAGAAGUUCUCGUUUAUGUGCAAAAUGAGCGCCAGCGCCUCCACCGGCAUCCUGGAUCCUUGUAUCUACAGAGUGUCUGUACGGAAGGAAUUAAAAGGUGGGAAAGCGUAUGCAAAGCUGGGCUUUGCAGAUCUAAACCUGGCAGAGUUUGCUGGAUCAGGAAAUACCACCCGCCGCUGUUUACUGGAAGGCUAUGAUACCAAAAAUACAAGACAGGACAAUUCCAUCCUUAAAGUUUUGAUCAGUAUGCAGCUGAUGUCUGGUGACCCGUGUUUUAAAACGCCUCCUUCCACAUCCAUGUCAAUACCAAUCGCUGGGGAAUCUGAGUCUCUGGAAGAGGACAGGAAAGGUGGCGAGACCCUCAAAGUACAUCUUGGAAUAGCAGGCUAUAGCACAUGUCACUCCCGGUCAUCCAGUUUCUCCGAGUUCUGCCACAGGAGAAAUACCUCAGUGGGAAGCACGUCAACGGGGAUUGAAAGCAUUCUCGAGCCAUGUGACGAGACUGAGCCAAUCACAGCUGAACCAAGUCCAGACCCCACCGCUGCUGCCGCCACCGCCACCACCACCACCGCUAAGGAAGAGGAAGCUUCCGAGAAACUCGCCAGAUGUCCAGUGAAGCAAGAUUCUGUUGAGUCGCAGCUGAAGCGGGUUGAUGACACCAGAGUGGAUGCUGAUGACAUCGUGGAGAAAAUCCUACAGAGUCAGGACUUCAGCCUCGACUCCAGUGCAGAAGAAGAAGGGCUGAGGUUGUUCGUGGGACCUGGGGGAAGUACAACCUUUGGCAGCCACCACCUUCCAAACAGGGUAGGAUCUGGAGCCUAUGAACAGGUUGUGAUCAAACGCUAGGAGCGAAGCCAGCAGCGGGCGGAAGCUUCCCUGUGUGGACAACAGGUGUUUCAAGGUGUGUUAGUCAAGCAUGUAAGAAAAACACAGAGCCUGUUUUCAAAGUGAAGUUCAUCUGCGAGGAGGGAGGCAGAGCUGACUCAUUCUUAAAGCAUCCUGUACCAUCCUUUCCCACCUACUCACCCACUGGGGGAGCAUGUGAACGGAUGGAGGGCGGGGCAGUGAAGACCUGGCCUGCCUCAGCACCCAGAACGAAAGGUCUGCUUGCGCUUCUGAAGCACCCGGAGAAAAACCGUACUGGACACAUCUGAGGGUGAUUUUAGUACUCCAGCGUACAUAUCUAAGUUGGGGGUGCUCAAUAGGUCUGGGCUCUGUUUUUAAAUUUUAUAUUUAAGAGACAGGACUUGAGGUCAGUUUAAACCCUAUAAAUUCUAUCAAGAUAGUUGUAAUUCCUAUGAAGUAAGUCCUCCAUGUCCUGUUACCUCCGGCAUUGUACUAAGCGUAUUAACUCCUUUUAUGCAGCAGUUGGCAGGAAGAGAGGAGGCUCAUGCUUUGGGGAAAUAUUAUGCUAUAGCUUAAACAUUUUAAAUACUUUAUAAUUCUGAGCAUUUCAGACUUAAGUCAAAUGGCAAAUGCAUCCAAGUCGGCAGCAGGUGGCCAGAAGGAAGGCUGUGAUGGUGCAGGGUCUAUUAUUCUAGUCAUUAAUACUAGAUGAGUCACAAAACCCCAGUGCCACUGUCUAAGCGUAAUAAUCAGUCUGUAAAAAUCUAUAGGCAAGCUACGAGAAGAGCUGUUUCAUAAUCCAUUCAGUACUAAGACUUGCUCGUCUGGCGGUCAGAACAGACGCAAACUGUUAGCUGGUCAGAAAGAUAGCAUUGUAUCACAGCCAGACUUCUGUGAACUGACACUUACCGUGCUGUGCUAAUGGACAGACGUCUGAGCAGCUGAGUAGCGUCCAUUUCCUAUUUCAGCCUCUUUGACCAGAGACCGUUUCCUUCUUUACUGUGUCAGACAGAAUUUAGCUGUUUGAAGCCAGAGUAUAGACUAUCACAUAUCUCUAAGACAGCUUUCCGGGUCCAGAUAUCUAAUCUGGAUCCAUGCUAACAGUACAGCACACAAGCUGUAGCUUCUCUGCCCUCACUUGGCAGUACCCAUGUAGAGAGAGCUAAACUUCCCUUUGCUGAAGAGAAGCGUGAGGUUAUAUAGAGCCAUCAAUGCCCGAGUCCUCACCUUCACAAUCAAGCCCUAAAACACAAUAGGUCAGAACAGAAUUGCUCUGGCUAAGGUAAUUUUAUGUUGCAAUGCUUGAAUAUUUGGAUUGGAAAGUUUGGAAAAAUUGGAAUUGUUGGCAUUAGAAUUUUUAUUUUAAUAUCUCAGGAAUGAGGUAGUCUGCAUUAAUCCAAACUACUUUUACAAAUAGAUUCUGAAUUUAAAAAAAAAAAAAGAUGACACCCUGUUUUGGAAUAUUUUGAAUACUAAAAGGAAGGAUUAUCUGAGUCAGGGUCAGACAUACUUGGAGGGCAGCACACUAGCACACAUCUUGAGCAGGUUGUCCUCAUAGGUGAGGACGAGCUGUCUGUUUCCAGAUGAGCAGAUCCAUUUUAUGUUACAACAAGAUCAAAGUAAGUUUCAGCUAGAGUUAAUGAAGACGUUACUUAAAGAGGUUUAGUCUGACAAUUUUAAAGGCAUAUUUUUCUAUUUUUAAAAUAUAAUUUCUAGGCUAUAUUUUUAUUGGCGCUUGUGCAAAUGAUUUUGGAUUCUAAAGACAAUAAUAACCCUAGGUUGUGGGCCUGGUUCAGUGAGGCCGCUCAUCAGACACAUUCAGGUGCUGUAGUCAGGGCAGAGCUUAGCCUUCCCUGGCUACCUUGGCCCCAUAUCUUACCAUAGGAUUAGGUCUUGGUAUUUUAAAUGGUACAGAAACUUAUUUUUUAGAACAGUAUAAUGUGUGGGUCUGGGGAAUAUAGCUCAGUUGGUAGAGUGUUUGCCUAGACUACACAGUGUCCUGGGUUUAAUCCCCACCUAGUACAUAAACCAGGCAUAGUGGUAGAUGCCUGUAAGCCCAGCACUUGAGAGGUAGAGGCAGGAGGAACAGAGGUUUAGGGUCAUUCUUGGCUCCAUAGGAGUUGGGAGCCAAAGUAGGCCGUGGGGUACUCUAUCUCAAAAAGGGAAAUGUGAAGACAUUUUGAAAAGUGUAAAAAUUAUGCCUUUUUAUUUUAACAGCUACCAAUAAUCUUGAUUCAUAUAGUUUCUUGAUUCAUAAAUCGUUAAGUAUUAUAAAAAUUCACUUACUGACUAGAAACAGGGAGUGAGAAGGGGAAAGGAUAGCUGUGACUCUCGUCAGCUAAGUCUGGAUUGUCCUGCCCUGCUGUUUGCGGGCAUGUUCUGCAUUCAUGUGUCAACACAGUCCAAUCAGGAUGUGAAGCGUCGCCCGCCCAAGUGUCUGCAUUUCUCUUCUUUCUACACGGCAUAGACUGCCAGGCUGUCUGCCACAAGGCUACUUUGAAAGCUGUUUGCUAAGUAACAAGUCUAGUUUUAACUCUGCUUUGAGUUUAGAGAACAAUAGACUUGGGAAAGUAGGCUCUUAAAAAAAUUUUUUUUUUAAUAUUUAGUUCAAAUUUUAAACAGACCAAUCUUGGAGAACUUUUUAGCUGUGAGUUGAUUUCUACUUCUGUCCUAGCGGAAAGACAGACAGCACCAGUUACAGCUAGGAUCUGUGAUGAGACGAAAGGGAUGCCUUGUUCAGAAGGAUGCACAGGCCAGUUCAAUAGAGCCUCUCCUGCCACAAGCUGGUGACAAGACUGUACAGGAUGUGAAAGGCAGAGAAGACCUAGCACCAUUAGUAUACACCUGAAUGCUGGGCUCUAUUUUGUGGCAGUGUUAGGCAGCUUCUGUAUACAAACGUAGAUUAACAUUUUUGACAUUAAAGUCUUGACCAACCACCCCAAAUUCUACCAUCUCAUUCCAGCAUAAAACCAUGAGAAUAAUAUCCAAGCUAGUUUCUUCUGUAUAUGUUUUUGGUUUUUAGUUUGUUUUUCUUCUUUUUUUUUUUUUGAACAAAACUGUGAGUCACAGAGGCAGACCACUUAACCCCUCUUUUUACAAUUAGGAAAAGAAAAUAUCUUCAACUACCCUCUAUUGUAAACAUACUCAAAUUCAGGUUCAUACCUGUAAUCCCAGCACUUGGGAGGCUGAGGCAGGAGGAUCUAUGAGUUCAAGGCUAGCCUGGGAUACACGGUCUCCUUCAGUUUAAGGACAGUCUGGGCCCCAUGGUAAUCCUGAACCCAAAAUGAAACCCUGACUCAAAAGGCAAUUUUUUUUUUAAUCAGUCAGCACUGAGUUUUGGUAAGUCAAAGCACUCAGAAGUAAUUCUAGCAUCUCAUAUUUCCAUAUUAAAUAAAUGAUUUUUGACGUGUAAGCUGACAGUAUCAUUCACUAAUUCACGGAAACACUUCUGAAACCUUAGGCUUCCAUGUUUAUAUCAAAUCUCUGAGAGAGACAGUGCGCUCAUAUGACGAGAUUGUGCUAUUUUUCUUCACAAGUCUUUCAUGUGGACAUUGCAGAAAUCCAGUUCUCUUAGAUGGUACGUCCUGUGAGUAUAAUCAAGUAGGGUAGCUGAGACUGCUAGGCCACUGUGCUUCUUGGCUUAGCUAGGUACUGAGCAUACUCCUGUUAGUCGAGCUGUACAGAUGAAAUAUUCCUGUAGUGCGCCUAAGUUAAGGCCUUAUUCCCUUCUCCUUGAGAUUUUUAUCAGAAAAUGUAUAAAUGGUAAUAUGAGUGGUCUCCCCAUCUCACAAAGAUGACAAAAAAUUUGAUUUACAAUGUGUUCUGUAUUUUGAAAUGAGUAUGUUUAUCUUAUAUAAUUCUUUGAUUGCUAUUCAUCAGCCAGUUCAGUGCAAGGAAGGGCAGACUUAUAGAAGACUUUUAUUAACUUUGUCAAUAUGUCUUGAGGACUAUCGUCCUCUGUGUUAGUUCAAUCCUUUAGAUGUUAGUACAGUGUUUAUGAGAAAACUGUUACUAGAAGCUGAAGAACAGCUCAGUGGCAAGGAACCUUCCAGCAUGUGCAAGACCCUGGGGUCGGUCCUUAGUGCUGAAAAAAAGAAAACGAAGUGACUCCGUCGGUGUUCUGUUCUAAGCCUUGGAGAAUGACCUUCAUAUUUAUAGAUUCUAUGUCUUAUGUCUUAACCAGUCAGUGAUAAAAUCCAGGAAAUGUUUUUUAACAAAAUAAAAUUUUGUUUGUAAAAUGUUUAUAAUAAUAUAAACGUGGAUCUUAUACAUGUUCAAUAAAAAGCAGUAUCUCAAAACUUUA